GUGUUCCCUUUCCCUUAUCUCACCCACCUAUGGUGGUCUAAAUCGGGUUCAAAAAAGAUCAAUGAAUAUGAAUUCAGAAACUUGGAAUCCUCUAAAAAAAUGUGGAAUUAAAUUAGGUUUAGAGAACUUCUUAGUGGAACAUGAUUUUUUUUUAGAUUUUAAUCUUUUUUUCUCCCAGAGUACCUGAUGAACAUUUCUGGUGUGAAUGGUGUGAAGAGUUCAUUUGAAAUUUCACCAGAAUAAAGUAGCUAGAUAUUAUGCACAUAUAAGCACACUCUCUCCCUCUAUUUUUAUGAUUGUUAACAAAUUAAAAUAUAUUGUUCUUAGUCUUCCUACUCCAGUUUGAUGACUCUUUUUUUACCGGGCUGAAUUUUAGGCAGUUCUUGAAAAACAAAGUUAUAUGCUUAUUGGAAGAUUUGACAUCGAAAAUCUGAUGCGACUUGAUCCAGCUACUACAUACUUACCAACUUCAGUUCAUUAUCCGAACUCAGAAAAUAAUGCUUCUUAUGCUAAAGAGGUUGAAAAGGGAAUAAGCAAUCUACUACUGAAUCUGAGGCCUAUCAAGAAGGAGAACCUGAUUCGCAAUGAUAUCAAACUUGUUCUUUUGGCAUCCUUGAGCGAUUCAUUGGAAUUUGUUGCAGACUUUGUAGAAGG